AUGGGCUGUUCUUCUGGCCGCCAACCCCCAGCCCCGGUCCUUCAUCCGGACCUGGACUGUAGUAACAACAGUGAGGCCAACACCUUACCCCAGGACUCUGAGAACCAGGGUUUGAAUGGCCUUGGAGAAGGAGUAGAAGGGGAAAGGAGCGUUGGAAGAGACCCAACAAAACCUCCGGAGUCUCUCCCCACGCUGGAGCGACUUGCUCAGGCUACAGGCGGGACAGAGAAGUCCUGGUAUCGCUGCGUGUUUCCUUUUGGUGUCAUAUCACUUGUGAUUGGCAUGGCGGGCACCGGGGUGACGUUCACCUUUAACACGCUUCUCCAGACCAAAGUGGUGUCGGUGGCAUUGCUGUGUGUUGGCGUAGUGAUGUUGCUUGUGGCAGCCGUGUGCUGGAGGGCCCACAGACUGAGGAGGAGGAAAAAGAAGGAGGGUGGAUUCUUCACCGCUGAUCAGGGCACUUUGUGA